AUGUACACAAUAGAUUUUGUAAAGGACGAAAGAUAUGUUCGGAGGGUAGGUGAUUUGUGUGGAGGGUAUUAUGUUCCUUUUGCUAUACCAGGUAGAUAUAAGUGCAAUGUAGAAGAUAUAGAAUAUGUGUUAGACAUAUGGAUGAAUAAAAGUAGUGAAGUAAAAGAAAAGGGGAAAAAGGAUGAGAAAGAUUUAUUGCUAUUAAGUUCUAUAUUUAAGGAAACAAAAUUUUCCUUAAUUUUAUGCAAAUCAAGAUAUGAAAAAAAUAUGUGUGUGUGGAAAAUAUUAUGGUGUGCAUGGAAAGAUAUAUUUAAGCAAACUUUUAAAAAAAAUAAGAAUAUAUAUAUGGACAAGUAUAAAACAGAUCUUAUUCAUUUUCAAGCUGGUUGUAUAUACCUACUAUUUUUAUUAUAUUUUUGUCAACAUGUUGAAGAAAAUAACUAUCCCUUUCCCAUAUACAUGGAGAUAGAGAUAAUGAAUCUCUGUUUGAGUGUAACAGAAGAAUGUGAAAAAAUGUGUAUGCAUAAAGAUUUAAGAUUUAUUUUAAAUUUUAUGGUAGAUUCCAAUUCGAUUAUAUUGUGUUGUAAUGACAGCUUUGAAGGAAUUUUUCAAGACAGAUAUGGCGCUCCUCUAUACAUUGAAAAAAGUAAAUUAGGAGUUGAAAAUACAGCACAAAUUAAUGAUGUAGAUUUAUCCACUUACUAUAAACAUUUUCAUGAUGAGAUAAAAGACAUUUGUGAUUUAUGUGACAAACAAAGAAAAAAAAGUACCAUGAGCAAUACUUCUGCCAGCAUUCUUCACUCGAAGUUUCAACUCAUAUGGAAGGCCCUAACAGAGGACGAUUUAUUUUAA